GGUUGUUGAAAGUGUAUAACAGAGCCCAGCGCGUCUCCUCCUCAGUUUGCCUCUGAAGCUGAAGCAUCUACGAUGUCUUUGAGGAUUCUUUUAACGUUGCUGGCCGCGACCUGCGCUGUCUCUGCCCAGUCAGAUGUGGAGACCAGGGCGAGGGAGUUUCUGCAAAGAUUCAGUACCAAUGCCUCUGAGAUUAUGUACCAGUAUUCCCUGGCAUCAUGGGCAUACAACACCAACAUCACAGACCAUAACUCAGACAAAGUGUCAGAAGAGGGGCAGCGUUGGGGCGUCUUCUACUCCCAGAUGUCGGAAGAAUCUCAGAAGUUUAACAUCAACGAGAUCAGAGACCCAGAAAUCAUAUUACAGCUCAUCUCCUUGCAAGACAAAGGCUCUGGAGCUCUGAGCCCCGACAAAGCCGGACACCUGAGUAAGGUGAUGAGCGAGAUGAGCACAAUCUACAGCACGGCGACGGUGUGUAUGAUGGACGAUCCCUCUAACUGCCAGACUUUGGAGCCAGGCCUGGAGCACGUGAUGUCCCACAGCCGAGACUACUAUGAGCGCCUGCACGUGUGGGAGGGCUGGAGGCAACAGGUGGGGCAGAAGAUGAGGCCCCUGUACGAAGACUACGUGGAUCUGAAGAACGAGGCUGCCAAACUGAACGGCUUUGAAGACUAUGGCGCUUACUGGAGAUAUAACUAUGAGACCAUCGGGGAGGAUGGUGAGUUCAAGUACACCAGGGAUGACCUGAUGAAUGACGUCCGUUCAAUAUACAAACAAAUCAUGCCUUUAUACAAAGAGCUGCAUGCCUAUGUGAGAGCCAAGCUCAUGGAGGUCUACCCAAACCACAUUGAAGCAAACGGACCUCUGCCAGCCCACCUGUUGGGUGACAUGUGGGGAAGAUUCUGGACAAACCUGUACCCUCUAUCAGUUCCCUACCCUGAACAACCAGAUAUCGAUGUCAGCAGCACUAUGGUGGAGCAGGAUUGGCACGAGGAACGGUUUUUCAAGGAAGCCGAGAAAUUCUUCAUGUCUGUGGGUCUGUACAAGAUGUUUGACAACUUCUGGAGUAACUCAAUGAUGGUGAAGCCCAAUGAUGGACGCAAGGUGGUCUGCCACCCCACAGCCUGGGACAUGGGAAAUAGUAAAGACUUCAGGAUCAAAAUGUGCACCAAGGUCAACAUGGAUGACUUCCUGACGGUGCACCAUGAAAUGGGUCACAACCAGUACCAGAUGGCUUACCGCAACCUGUCUUACCUUCUGAGGGACGGCGCCAACGAGGGUUUCCACGAGGCUGUCGGGGAAAUCAUGUCCCUCUCCGCUGCAACACCCAAACACCUGCAGGCCCUGGAGCUCCUGCCCGCAGACUUUAUUUAUAAUAAUGAAACGGAAAUCAACUUCCUGCUCAAACAGGCCCUCACUAUUGUGGCCACGUUGCCCUUCACCUACAUGCUGGAGGAAUGGAGGUGGCAGGUGUUUGCAGGCAACAUCACCAAAGACAAAUGGAUGCAGCGCUGGUGGGAGAUGAAGAGGGACCUGGUCGGGGUGGCGGAGCCGUUCCCAAGAGAUGAGACUUACUGUGACCCCCCGGCUCUGUUCCAUGUAUCUGGAGACUACUCGUUCAUUAGAUACUUCACAAGAACCAUCUACCAGUUCCAGUUCCAAAAAGCGCUGUGUGAAGCAGCACAGCACAAAGGUGCCUUGUCUACAUGUGACAUCACUGGUUCCAAAGAAGCAGGGACCAAGCUGAGGAAUAUGUUGGAGCUGGGAAGGUCCCAGUCCUGGACCAGGGCUUUGCAUACGAUCUCCGGUGGCAGUAAGAUGGAUGCAGGCCCCCUUCUGGACUAUUUCCAAAAACUUUAUGACUGGUUGAAGGUAGAGAACCAGAAACACAACAGGAUGGUGGGAUGGAAGACAACAGGUCUCUCGCAGCCACCAUAUGGUAUCAAAGUGAGACUGAGUUUAAAGGCUGCCAUGGGCGAAAACGCUUAUGCCUGGAAUCCCAGUGAGCUGUUCCUGUUCAAGGCCAACAUUGCUUACGCUAUGAGGCAGUACUACAGCCAGGAGAACAAGACCCUCGAGUUCACAUCAGAGAACGUCAUCACCUAUGACGAACAGCCCAGAGUCUCCUUCUACAUUGCGGUCACUAACCCAAACCGUACCACGUACAUCCCAAAGGCCACGGUGGAAGCAGCCAUCCGGUUAAGCCGUGGCCGAAUCAACGAUGCCUUCUAUCUAGACGACAAGACGCUGGAGUUUGAGGGCAUCCUGCCGACUCUGUCCCCUCCCGUGCAGCAGCCGGUCGAGGUGUGGCUGGUGGUGUUCGGCGUGGUCAUGGGCAUCGUGGUGCUGGGCGGCGUCUACCUCAUCGUCUCCGGCGUCAGAGAGCGCAAAAAGAAAGCAAAGGCAGAAGUCGAUAACCCCUACGAGUCAAGUAUCGACGGGGAAGUUAACAAAGCCUAUGACGACAGUGACGGUGAACAGACCGGACUCUGAGCCCGCCGCUGACCGCCAGGAUCACAGUCACUAGAGAGAGAGAAUUAGAAAGUGGAGCUUCGGGAUUCAUUUUUGUGACUUGAUCACAGGUGAACAUGUGUAAAAGUUUCAGCUUGGUAAUGAGUCUCACAGCUAUUGUACAGAAAAAAUAACCCUCAAAACAAAAAGGACAGGCUUUACUGUCAUGUCUUACAGUGUGCUGGUUUAACAGUGAUAUUACACUGUGUAGUACAAUAAGUAAUAGAGUUCAACAAAUGCUAUAUAAACAUACAUUUUCUGAGCGUUUUUGAUGUUUUAAGUGCAAUUGCCUGUAUUUAGGUAUCUAUUUUGUUAGGGUUAGGGUUAAAUAAGUCAGACUAUCACACUAAGUGUAGUUGAACUUCUUAUCAAAAGGGCAGCACGGGAAUCUUAGUACACCUGGGAAAUGAUUUAAUUGUAUUAGUUGCAUGCUUUAUGGUGCAGAUCCUCCGAUAUUCCUUCCAGAUUGUCCUUCCCACCUUUUGUUGUAUUGCUGUGGAUAGAAGAAGACAAGUUAUUUAAUUUAUUUUUAGAUUUUUUUUAAUACUUUUGCUCUACUAUAUCAAAUUGAAGGUUGUCAGGCACACCCGAAAAUUACAUGUUGAGAUGUAAAAGUCUCACACUGGCAGUGCUGCUUUUAUGCAGCCUCUCUGUGGCCAUGACUGAAAUGUUGCAUUUAAAUAAAAAAAAAAAAAAAAAAAAAAAAAA